UGGACAAGAUCAACAAGACCUGUAAGAGGCAUUUUCUCUCUCGCGCACCCCCCCCCAUCCUCUUUACAGGAUCCCUGGUCAGAGGGCUUGAGAGCUCACUCCAGUGUACUGUCCACACAUACACGCACGCGCACACCUCUCCGUAGGAUCUCUUCAGGACUCUCCUGCUUGGGUAGAUCCCAACGGGGCUCGGGAGGUGCAUCUUUCUGCGGCCAACAGGCGGCUGGACAGACGUCUGGAGGAUCGCCUACCUCGCCUCUCUAGAAAGAGAGAGGCAGCAGCGAGCGAAGCCACGAUGCCGAUAAGAAGCGGCUUCUUCCCGGCUGCGGCGCGCCCGCGGAUCUCCCGCGCUGUGCCUCUCCUCCUGGCGGUUCUUGCCAUCAACUGCUUCCACCAUGCACUGGGAGAUAAUGGCAGCCUAAGAAAGACAACCCACAAGAGAAGCAGCCAGGAUCUGAAGCUGCAGGACAGCCUUCGUCCUUUGCGUCGCACUAAAAGGAGAUGGGUUAUUACCACCUUGGAACUUGAAGAGGAAGACAAAGGGCCAUUCCCAAAACCUAUUGGAGAGCUCUUUAAUGAUGUAGCACAAGAUAUGUCUGUAAAAUAUUUAAUCAGCGGACCUGGUGUGGAUGAAUAUCCAGAGGUUGGACUGUUUUCUAUUGAGGAUGAUGCCAAUGGACAUGUCUACGUACACCGUUCCAUUGAUCGAGAGAGAAACCCUUCUUUCACGAUACGUUUUGAUGUUGCAAAUAGAAUGUCUGGGGAAAUAGUGGACAGAUCUCUCCUCUUCAAUGUGAAAAUUAAGGAUGUAAAUGAUAAUGCACCUGAGUUUCCCAAGAAGGAAUUUAGCAUCACCAUGAAAGAAAAUCACAACAGAGAUGAGCCAGUGUUCAAUGUCACGGCCUUUGACAAGGAUGAAGAAGGCACUCCAAAUUCUCGAGUGGCGUAUUCUCUGGUUUUGCAGACUCCUAAUCCAAAAGAACCUGUCUUCACCAUUGAUUCUUCCAGUGGCCAGAUACGCGUUACAGGAUGCUCACAUUAUGAGACUGCCAGAGCUUUCAGACUUCUGAUCAAAGCUACAGACCAUGGAAAUCCGCGACUGUCAUCAACAGCAACAAUUAAUAUCGCUAUGGAAGAUUCCAACAAUAACAUGCCAGUGUUUGUCAAGGAAAAUUAUCAUCUGGAUGUCCCAGAAGGCAAAACAGAACAUGGCAUCCUUCGCCUAAGUGUGGAAGAUAAAGAUUCUCCCAGCACACCUGCUUGGAGGGCCAAGUAUGAGAUACUGGGAGGAGAUGUAGCAAAGAACUUCAUCAUUGAGACGGAUCCCAAUACCAAUGAAGGGGUUUUAAGCAUUGCAAAGCCUUUGAUCUAUGACAAAAAUAAUGAGAGGAGACUCGUAAUUUCUGUGGAAAAUGAAGAGCCCCUCUCUUUAUGUGAAAGGGGUCGGGUACAGAGCGCUCAAGUCCUCCAAAAAGCAUACGUGAACAUUAAUAUUAUUGAUGAGAAUGAUGCUCCUCAGUUUCAUCCUACCAUCCUUGUCCUUCGGCAAGAGGAAGGGAUGAUGCCUGGGACCAGGAUUGUACAGUAUACAGCCAGGGAUCCAGACACAACAUCAAACAUCAUAAGAUACAAAGUAGCUUCUGACCCAGAUGGCUGGGUGACAGUCGAUGAAAACUCUGGGAUUGUGACAACUGUAAAAAUGCUAGAUAGAGAAUCUCCCCAUGUGAACAACAGUUUAUACACCAUUGUGAUACACGCUAUUGACGAUGGUGUUCCACCGCUAACUGGCACAGGCACCAUCCAACUUUACCUGUCUGAUCUUAAUGACAAUGCUCCAGUCUUGGUUACACCGUUUUUGGUGGCCUGCGAUGGAAAAGAAAAAGGCCCUUUCCUUAUAAAAGCAGAGGACAACGACUCCCAUCCGUAUGCAGGGCCCUUUACCUUCCACCUCGUGAAGACCUCUGGGAAUGUGCAGAGUUCUUGGAAACUGGGAGAGAGCUUUGGUGAUUCAGUUGAGCUGUUUAUGUUGAAAAACCUCCCUGCUGGCAAUUAUUCAGUGCAGCUCCAUAUUUUGGACAAGCAGGGGCUUUCUAGGGACCAGAGCCUCCACGUCAGGGUGUGUCGCUGCCUGGAUGGGAUCACAUGUGAGCAGGAGAUGAAAUUGUCUGCAGUGUCGGUGGGUCUUGGAGGGGGAGCCAUCGCUGCAAUCUUGUCCGGGGUCCUGUUAUUACUAUUGGCCUUAGCUCUCCUUCUUUGGUGUUCCUUGACAUCAGAACGAGAGAAAGGCUCUCCCUUCAUUCCGUAUGAAGAAGGCAACCAGACUCUGAUCCACUACAAUGAGGAAAGCCAACGGGUUUUGUCUCAGGACACACCUGAUGUGGGGGAUCCUGCUAUAUCAUCCCCAGUUUAUGCACAAAUUUCAAAAGAGAAAGCACAAACAAUGAAGAUGGCAAGCGGGGCAACCACCUCACAUUCACAGACAUCCAGUCAAGUGCCCUAUGAACAAAAUCCAUCGGAUUUUCCUGGGAUGAACCACGGCCAGGCAAAGCUGACAGAGAACAGCUACCAUCCUGGUGGAAGUAUAGCGUCACCUGUAACCAUCCUGGAAGAUUUCCACCCUAUCCCUGGUUGGCAUCAGCAGGUGACCUUGCUUCCGCAAAGCAGUAAGAUGCACUGGAAGAAACCACAUGACCGAAUUUUGGAAAUGGUGGGCGAAAUCUUGAAUCAAAAACGUGACCGCAUUGCCAGCCUAGAGGACAACAUGGUCUCCUAUUGCCCUCAUGUUUAUGCGGCAGAGGGAAAGUUGGAGAAAAGUGAAUCCUUUUGGUCCCUACCUGUUGUGGAUGAUGAGAACAACAGCCUACCUCCUGACUUCUUGGAGACGUUGGGGCCUAAGUUUACCAAUCUUGGCAGAAUCUGCAGCAAGUGAUUCCUGUGAUGUUGGCCUGUGAGCAGUGAAGAAUCCUCCCAGCUUCAUUUGAACCUGAACCAUAGAUAGGCUGUGGAGGGAGGAUUCUUUGAAAGAUGUCCAAGGAAUAUCUAGUGCUUCCUUUUUAUGAGGAGAUGAACUCUCUCCUGGAGAACGAAACAACCCAGUCCCUUCAGUCUCCCAGCCCUCUUAUCAAGUUCUUUCUUGAGCCUUCUCAAGUCCUUGGCAGUCUUUCCUUUCCUCUUUUCAUGAAACAGACUUGGUUCUGCUGAUAUGCAAGAUGCAAUUGUUCAUUUAUUCUCUUGUUUGUUUGCUGCUUCCCCAUCCAUCCCCACCUCACCACCCCUUCCCAAGUAGCCAUCUUGUUCUAACAUUUCUAGGCUAAACAGAUGGUCAUUAUUUUGCCUUUGUACCACCACCAACAGCAACUUUUAUUUGGCCUUCUGUUACAACAAUGUAGGGUUGGCCCUUCUGGUAUUAGCCUGAACACAUUCCUGGGCUAGCCAAGGUAGUGCCCUCUAGAUGUUUCAGGACUACAAUUCCCACCCUCCCUAGCUAGCCUGGCCAAUGGACAGGGAUAAUGCUACAACAUCUAGAGCAGCCUUUCCCAACCAGUGUGCCUCCAGAUGUUGUUGGACCACAAUUCCCAUCUUUCCUGACCAUUGGCAGUGCUGGCUGAGGCUGAUGGGAGGCACACUGGUUGGGAAAGGCUGAUCUAGAGGGUGCCAUGUUGGCCACCCCUCCGUUAAACUGUCUAAAUCAUAGUGGUUUAAAGAAGAAAAAGGUCAGUUGGUAUAUUUGUAGUUUGGGAGGAGAAGACCCUCUUGUUGUGGUAUGACAUUAUGUAUCUCAGAAGGAUGAGAUAAGAUAUUGUAAUGCCAAUGUGUGUAAGAAAGAGGGUCUGCUAAAAUGUGUUCUCUGCUUGGGGCUCAUAGCUGAUGUUCAUAUUAUGUGUCUUUUUCUGCUCCAAACAGUGCACUCAAACAUGCAGAUAGAAUGGGCCAGUCAGCUGCCUUGUAUGAGAGAAAGAGAAAGAGCAGAUAAGAAAUAUAGUAAAGGCCAUGCCCUAAGUGCAGAGCACAAUUCAGUUAGUUCUGUAUGGCUGGUAGAGCUUUAGACUCAAAGAGGAGCUCCCACCUCACCAAGCAGAUCUCUUUGGAGAUGUAGGAGAGUUGGCCUGGCUGUAGGGCAGGGAUGGGGAAGUGGUGGCCCUGUAGAUGUUCUUGGACUAUAUCUCCCAUCAUUACUGACUGUUGGCCAUAGUCACUGGGGUUGCUGGGACUUGGAGUCCCAAGAACAUCUGGAGGUUCUCCACCCCCAGUUUGUAUAAGUAAGGCAUUGGGGGUGGGGUGAGGUCUUCUGUCUGGGCAAAGUCAUGAAAAAGACCUGAGCAAAUCCUUGGAUGUGCCUAAAGUAUUGCUCUGCAUCAUGGCAAAGGUAUACAAAUGUGUGCAUACUUUGAAAACGUGCGAGGCAAUCUGCAUGAUUUAUUCUGGAGCCUACAUUUCAAUUUACCUGGGAGUCAACUUUAUUGAACUCUGAGCUGGCACACAUAUUUGCACUGUAAUCAGGAAUAUUGUUGAGAUAUCAGUUUUGAGGCUUAGGUCCAAACUGUGCAGAACACUCUCUUGUUUCAGGAAAGUGGGAUUCCAUCUAUGCAAAAGCUAUCCAAGGUUUGUCACUUACUGGGCUUCUGACACAGACGAACAAACUUUGCUUGUUACCAAGGAGAUUUUUGUCAACAUUCAUCUGUGAACUGAUGAAUUUUUAUACAUGACUAAAUGGAUCCCCCCCUUUUUUUUUUACCAAUAAAUAUAACAUUUUAAAAAAUG